CAACCAAACCUAGCUGCUACGAGCAAGGCAAAGCAGAGCCGUCAGUUGCGGUCAGUUUCCCUGUCACCUCCAGGCGUCCAGGAACAUACACACACAUCAAGGUAGUGGUGGCCAUGGCCGCGUGCAGGUGCAGCAGCCGCCUCUCCCUGCAGCUGCCUCCUCCGUGCUUGCUCAUCGUCCUCGUCGCCGCGGCGGCGAUGGUGGCGGCGGCGGCGACAGGGGCGAGGGCGGCGUGGGUGGACUACCCGUCGGGGGUGCCGUGCGGGGAGACGAUCCCGGUGGAGCAGUGCGACCCGGGCGACGCGGCGGCGAACAGCGCGUGCAUGGACGUGUGCCACUACGGCGGAUGCCGGCGCGGCGGCGAGUGCGUCUCCCUCGGCUUCGGCCGCGGCCGGGGAUGCCACUGCAAGUGCUAGCAGCUGAACUGAGCUGAGCUGAUCUCUGAUCUGAACUGAACUGAUAUGCUAAUCAGGUUGAGCAAAGUAGUAGAAGCAGUAAUUAGGAGAGAAUAAAUUAAUGAGCGCUAAGCUGCUGUUUGUAGAUGCUCGCUUAGCUACUGUCCCGUUGCUGGCUGCCUUGCUAGUUUUCCCGCCCUUUUUUGUUCCUCUGUUUUUUCCUGAUCUUCGUGUUUUGCAUGAGUUGGUAGCACAUUAGGUUUGCUUUUGUCCGCGCUGCCUCUCUGUACAAAAGCCUAAGGCGUGAGCUUUGAAAAAUGAAAUCGCCAGGUGCCUUUUGUUUUCUUGCACCUGUCUUUUGCCUCCUUUUUACAACAAGCUCGUGCUACCAAGUACCAGUUGGAUCUAAACAAACAGGAGAAAAUAAU